GCACAGCCGAGGACUGUGCUACAUGCACCUCAAGCAGUUUGAGCGGGCGCUAGAAUCGUUUGAGCAGGCCAACUCCAUCAGCAGGCACGACUCCACCUUCCUUCAUAUGGGCAAGGUGUACCGCCUUCAGGACAACCCGGCCGAAGCCCUAACAGUCUACGAGGAGGCCCUGGAGUUCUCCCCCGAGAGCCCUGAACUCCUGACCACGGUGGGGUUGCUGCACCUGCAGCAAGGGGAGAACCAGAAGGCCUUCGAAUGCCUCGGAAACGCACUCACGCACGACCCGCGCAACCCCAAGGCCAUCCUCGCCGCAGGGUCGAUUAUUCAGGACAAUCAGGACAUGGACGUGGCGCUUGUCAAGUACAGGGUCUCGGCGGUGCAGACCCCCAAUUCGGCGCAGCUGUGGAACAAUAUCGGCAUGUGCUUCCUCGGAAAGGUAUCGUUGAAGCAAUCACUCAAUAUAUCCACCCAUCCACAAGUUCAACAGUUUUCCCUGGACCGUCAUUACGAACAAUGUUCUGUAUACGCAGCUGCGGGGGGGGUCAACCGAACGUUCAAGUGCCAAUCAAGCGUAGAGUAGGGAGAAUGGGACUUGUGUGUUGUAUCGUCCGGAGACUAUGGCAAGAAAGGCAACUCGAGCGCGUUCAUACCUUCAGACGCCGAUAGGACGGGCUGUAACUAAGUGGAGCCAACUCCAAUCUUUUUAUUCUACUUGAGAUUGUUAAGGGGGGUCCCGAACGAGCUUCUGAAGCUUGGUUUCUCGCGCGACCAAGGAGACGCCCCAUCAUCGUCCAACCCGCCCACGAACGGCAAGUAGGCAUGAAUCUAUCUACUACCUGCACGAGGGUGAGGCUUGUGCUUCUAGCAGGAGUUGCUUCGCCCGUAUUGCACCUCGUCCGCGCUCUUCCAACUUCCAUGUCCCACAUGCACCUAUUGUAUGUAGUUUCUAGUGUCUCCCGCGCGUCUUGUUCCCUCCGAGCUUAACCUGACCAUGCUCACCUGGAGGAAAUAAACUCAACCAAUGGUGCUAAAGCGUUCCAAAAGGGUUUCUAUGUUUCACCCUUUGUGUGUGGGUAGAAGGUCAACACUUUCCAAGAGCCUCGCUGGAUUGUGACUAUUUUCUAGACCUGUCUCUCCGCCAGGUAGCGCACGAUUUCCAUGCGCUUAUUUGAUGGUUAUCUAUCAACUCCCCGCCCUCGCCAGCAUAGUAGGUGAGUGGAGUCUUCCUUCCUACUCGUAAUCCAACGCCCGCACGCAUGCGCACGCCCGCGUUGACCACAACAAGUGUAAGUAUAUCGCGGCGGUAGC